AUGGGCGCCACCAAUAUUCAGGAUGCCAAACUUCUCAUCCAGUCAUCACGCGUAAUUGACCGAACGAGCGGGCUCAAGGAUCUCAAACAGAUCCUCAAGCACAACCACGGGAAGCCCAGUCUCGAGGCUCUUGGGAAUAAAGCUUACCUGGCACUGUGCGAGACACUCGUCCAAUGUCUACACGAUGGUCGAGCCGCCUUCCUUGUCAGUAAGACCAAGUCGAGCAAGGCUGGUUCGACCGCAGCACUCUUGCCUCUCUCGGCCUCCGCGCUGCGUCACGUCAUCGCUUCGGGCGUGCGAACAAUCAAAGCCUCUACAGUUGAGAUGAUAAUAGAGACAAUAGUCGAGGUGCUUCCCGGAAAAGUCGGCCUGCUUGAACCACUUCUUGAGGACCUCCCAAAGACGUUGCGAGCGCUCCUAGAAUACCAGCCGCACGUCGAGCGUCUAUCAAAAGAUUGCUGGGACGCGGCAGUUGAUUUCUGCAUCGAGUCCUUGGCCGGCUUUUUCCAAGAGCCCCAAGCCGAAGGUGAGCCACAAAAUAGCUGGAGCACUAACGUCUCAAGUCGCGCUCGCACUCCCCUUGAUGCCGACUUCACAUCUUCUAGGGCGUCUCCGCGCUUGCCAGUGACCAAAACCAGAUCAAGUCCCCCAGAGCAUGUUCGCGCAACAGAAGACUUCGUUCAUUGCUUACACCAUCUCGUCAGAGCUUCCAAUGCGCCGUUGCUUCCUAGAGCUGAUGCCAUCCUGCAAGUUUUAUUGCAGUUCUUGCAGCAGAGGACUGGCCGUGGAAGUGUGGGCGUCGCUGCUCUGGCUGCUGUCAAUGCAAUCCUUACACGCACUUCACUGCAAUCUCUCGAGUUGACAAAGCGCACAGUUCGAGAAUUGAUUCCGCUGCUCAAGGUCAUGUGGCCUGAGGCUACACUGAGGGAUGAGAUCAUGAUCAGUCUGGUAUAUUCUGAAACACAUGUCGCAAGCCUCCUCACUGACCCGGAUGAUGAGACCAUCAGCUCUAACUUGGAAGGUCUUGUCGAGACAAUGUACAACGACUAUCGACGCAGACAAGAAACUACCGCGCACCAAUAUCUCGAGGAAGACCACCUUUGCUUUCGAAAUCUAGGCCCUGCUCGGAACGAUACUCAUCCUCUGAACACCUGUGCAUUCUCUAUGGAGACGGAGCAUCAACGAUAUGAGGGCCUAUGGUCUACAGUAGCCACUAUUGCACGCUUCUCUUUUAUGCUUGAUCAGCGGAGAAGGUACACUCUCCAAGACCGCAGCGACGGCGAGGAAACCUUUAGCAAACGCAUGCGCAUCACUCAACUAUUCCCCGAAUACCUUCGUCAUGUGUCUGAGCCCAGAUCAAACGCCAAACGUGCAGCUUUGCAAGUUGUCGCAUUCAUGGUACAGGAAGGCCCCUUUGACGAGGAAGAGCUCCAGCCCAUGUUGGAGAAGCUCACUUCAUGCAUCUCUGAUGAGCAUCCAGCUCAUUCCGUGUGGGCAAUGAUAGGCUUAACUGGUGCCGCCCUCCAGCAAUCGGCGUCACAUCCAACCUUACUCCCUUACUGGAUAUCUGCAUGGCAAAGCGCGUCUCGCGCGAUCACUUCCAUGUCAAUAUCCCGUGCUGCAUGUCAUUUCAUGGACGCCCUCUUGAGACUGAGCAUUGUACCCUUUUCAGCAGUUUCCGAGACUGUCCAGUCUUUGCUACUAUCCAUCGAAUUAAGCGGACCAGCGCUGCUCACAGAGAGUAGUUCGUCGCUGUUGACUACCAUCCUACAAGAACGUAUCAAAGAAAAUCCGACACACUUCAGUUCGACAGCCGAGCGAAUCCUCAACUGGCUGCUCACCAAAUGGACCCCAAGUCUCUGGUCUGAACGGACAUACUCCGCGCUAAACGCGCAACACUGCAACGCUCGCGAUGUACUGCGUGUACUCUACACUUGCCUCGAUUUGCCCUUCAACCCUCCAGAACCAGCGACCUAUCUCGUACUGGGACCCAUUGCACAAGCCAGAACGCAGAUGGGACGGUACAAAGAGUUAGCUCAUUACCUCUUACUUCUUCGCCCAACAAAGCAUUUUGUAGCCAAGGUUGACGGGCCGCGCAACUCUGCUGAAGAGCCCACGAGCGACUAUUCUUCUUCGCCACUAGGAAACAGAAUCCUUGAUUUUUGCAUAUCUGAGCUUGACAGAGCCAAACACCAAUGGAACGAUAUGACCGCAACAAACACACAGGGUGUUACGUCAGAUAUGAUGCGCAUCAUCACAAACUUGUGUAUCGUUGCGCCAGCUGUCACGACUCUUAGCGACCCUGACGACCGUCGCGUUCAAGCUCUUCGAUCAGCCGCCACUAGCUUGAUUGAGUCCUUUGUCACUGUACUAGCUAAGCCUCAAACGGAGCAAUACAAGGUCGAUGCUGUUCUCGAAACUUGUGCAAAAAGUCUUCCUGACAUCGGCUCACUGAAACAGGUGCGCCUGAGCGCGUACGAGAUGACAGGAAUUGAUCAGCUAGCUCGAUAUCUACCUAAAGCUCUUCAACAACGUAAAGAAGUCAAACAGUCGUUCUACGCGGAAGAGGACGACUUCAUGGAAGUGGACGAUGAGCCUGACUCGCAGAUGACUGCGGGUGCUACUGUUCUCGUCAAUGAUGUGCCUCGUCACGACGUACAAGCUGAAAGUGAUAUAACUGCUCUACGUGCAUCAUGCUCAGCACAUUUGCAGUUUAUCUCAUUUCUUGCCAAAAAUACUCAACUAGAACCUGGGACGGUACCUCCCGACUUUGUAGACUACCUAGUCUCCCUUUCCGAAAGCGAUCUUCUCCAUUCACGCCAGUUUCUUCGUUCGAUAUGGAACAGCCACUUGAAGAUAUCCCAGAACGACUGCCUCAAUCUCCUCGAACGCUUCAGUGAAGCUCUCAUUGAUCCCCGCGCGCGCGAAUACAAUACUUCGGAAGUUGCAAAUGGCAUGCUUGUCGAGGUUCUCAUUGGCACUACACUCGUCUGGGUCCCAGACGCCACCGAUCGCGAGGCACAAGAUCUCUACGACAACGUUGAGGCGCUGUACGUGUACUACGUCAGGGAGAUGGAGAAGGGAGGGGUGAGAUGUUCUGCCAACUUGCAAACAACGAUCGCGGUCUUCCUUCAUGGCCUACUAAAGCACCAUCCGGACUUUGCGCAAAACCGGAAGAUUCCAUCUGUACGCACCAAUCUCUUCGAACUUCUGUCAAAAGGUGACAUGACCGUGAAAUAUCAUAUUGCUCAACACCUGCCAAGGAUGUUCGAAGAUUUUGUCCUUUCCGAGCAUGAUAAGAUCCUGCAAGACGUUGAUAGUAGUUUACCAGGCGAUGAUGAGGGUCUUGAAGGCAUUGCAGUUCGUUUGCUGGUCCUGUCGCGUCUGGCAGCUCAGUGGCACACUCUGCUGCGCCAUAGCGUGUAUCGCAUCUUUGCCACCGCGGGGACCAUCGCCGGAGCUGUUAACCACGCCAAACGCUGCAUCUCCGAUGUUGCUCAAUCUCGAGGUCUCGGCGAUUCGCAAAGUCUCUUUAGGCUCUUCGCUCCGCAAGUCAUAUACACCUGGUUAGAUCGGGGCCAAAAAGUCGGUCGCAUUCCUUUCCAGAUUUUUGGUUAUGCUUCGCUCCCGGACCUUCUCUGUGACAUUGAAGCCGAGGUGGUGGGUCAAGCCAUUAUGUUUGGUCGCAAGGACGAGGUAGACUUCCUGGCUGAUCAUCUAGAGAUAUCAGCACAGGAACUGUUGUCGAGAAACAUUGGCAAGGCAGCUGCGUACACCAUCGCAUGGGACACUUGCAGAGGUUCCGCUCGGAACAGAGCUGACUCCAGCUUCGGCAACCUUCUGAAAGACAUGGUUGGUAGCGACAAAUACUACGGCCUGAUCCAGAAGCAUUUCCCUCAAAUUCUGGGUCAUAUGUUCCAGACUAUCGAUCAUGAAGAACGUCUUCCAAAGUCGCUAGACAAGAAACCAGCAUUCAAUCCCGCAGCAGCAGUACUGGCCGAGAUUGCUGAAAUUAGUCAGUCCGCGCAAGGUCUUAAUAUAGGCAUCGAGCCAUCCUUCUCCGCCUUUUACCUGCCAGAUCAGCUCGAGCGUUUAUGUAGACGGACAGGUGAUAGACCAGCUGGCUUCUGGUCUCCAAGCACCUACACAUAUGUGAUGCGCUCUCUGCUUGAUCGGAUUCAUCCGGCUCUCGGCUCGCUCUAUGCCCGAUCGAUGAUCCGCAAGGUCCGAAUCAUUGUUGCGCUGGCCGGAUCUGUAGCUCUUGAAGGCUAUCCGUUACAAAUGACGCUCCAGUCCCUGCGCCCUUUCCUCACCGAUAUGCAAUGCGCGGAGGAUACGGUGGGCAUCAUGCAGUAUCUUUUUGAACACGGCGCCCAGUACCUUCGCCAACAGCUUAGCUUCGUCACAGGUAUCGGCCUGUCAAUUCUUAUUUCUCUCCGAGUGUUUCUGGGCUCCUCUCAAGAAAGUACCACACAACAGUCCCAACAUGUGGCGACCAUGAACGCAGCCAAUAGGUUUCAUACGUGGCUUACCGAGUACCUCAAGGCUCAUGCUCAGGCAAUCACGGGUACAGAACGGUCCUCUGCCAUCAAAGCCUUCAAAUCCAUCACCAUUGCGGCUUCUCAGGUUACCGCCGAAGGUAAUUCGAUUCGAGGUAGCGAAGAAAGCAAGCUCCUGUUAGAGAUACUAGACGACGUGCGAUUAGGACGCAAACUGUUGAACAAGACGUCGCGAGAUGUUGCUUUGGACUUGCUUUGUCAGAACUUUCGCCCCGCUUCAAAUGCCCGAGACGAUGUGCUUGGGUUGGACCACGACGCGGCAGAAUAUGCACCCUUAGUCUGGGAAUCUUGUCGCAGAAGUAAAGUGGGUGACGGCUAUUUGCUGUGGACGGCACGAGUCUUGGGUAGAGCGUAUAGCGCUUACGGUGAGGUCAAGCAAAGUUCGGCCCAGGCCCGACCCUGGUCAUCGUCAGUCCAGACUUCAAAGUCUGUUCCCGGAAAAUCAUCAAGGGAAGCUAUUGUGAACGAGGUCAUCGACUUGUUCUAUAGCGACGAUCGCAGUGAGGUCAGCCUAGCAGAGGACGCUGUGAGACGUCUGAUCUCUCGCUUAGAUCCUGAGUCGCCGUACAUGAAGGAGAUGCAGCGAGUCAUCCCAGAGGCCAUAGGUAAAGCGCUUGUAUACAAGCCACCAGAGCCGGACAACACUUCGCAACCCGUGGCAGAUGGCUUGCGCGAAGCUGUAUCAACUACGCCGUUGAAGCCAGUAUCUGACUGGAUUAGAGACCUGACGAUGGCCCUUUGCAGAGUCGCAUUUGAUGACCCCAUUCUCGGUGCGCUUCCAGAUUUGCUUCGUGGUAUCAAUCACAUGGCGGAGAAGUUGUUACCCUAUAUCCUCCAUCUCGUGUUACUAGAUGAAUACGAAGAACAACGCGACGUUCACGACAUCGUCUCCAAGUCGAUGGCAACUUGGUUCCGUGAGUGCGGCCCAGCUACUAUCUCACACGUUCGUAUCCUUAUACAGUCUAUUCUCUAUCUGCGGAGUCAACCAGUUCCAAAAGAGGUCACCAGAGUGGAACGAGACAAGUGGUUAGAUGUAGACUAUCUCGAGGCUUCACAGGCCGCGAAGAACAGUGGCAUGUUCAGGACUGCACUUUUGUUUGCAGAGACCUGUUCCGGUCAGCCGAUAAUCAGGAGCACUACAAGGAGAUCAUCUGUUAAAGUCGAUCCUCCAAAGGUACCUCUUCCACUACAGCUUUCGAUUUACAAGAACCUGGACGAACCUGACUCGUUUUAUGGAGUGGAUCGUGGUUCUAGUCUUCUGUCAGUGCUUGAUCGCCUUGACUACGAGGGAGAUGGUGUCAAAAGCCUUCUUUUCCGUGGUGCUCGCCUCGACAGUCAGAUGCGCCGACGCAACGAAUUCGAAGCGGAAGACUCUCGUGGCACUGUCAAGUCUCUCAUCAUGCUAAACAUGAACAGUGUCACGCACUCUUUGCUUUCCAACGACCAAUUUCGUGACGCUGGAGACGAUGUAGUAGAGAGUACACUUCAUACCGCACGGAAACUGGGCCAGUGGGAUAUUAAGGCACCCGAACUAAACCAUACUGAGGCAAGUACCUUGUUCAAAGCAUUCCAAGGCCUAAAUUUUGCGAAGAGUGCGGCAGAAGCUCAAGAGAAUUUCGACCGCCAGUUACAAGCCACCAUGAACUUCCUCUGUGGGAAGGACAGCUCGGCGAUAUCUACGAAGAUUCGGCUGCGAACGCUUGGAGCACUCACAGAGGCAGACGAGGUGAUCAAGGCUGAGCGAUCAGAGCACUUGAUGGACAUCUGGGAUCGAAUGAAAGCACGAGAGAAGUGGAUGCGUGCUGGCGAGUUCAACGACGUGCGCCAGCUCUUAUCAUGUCGUGAAACGCUGUUCAACGUAAUCGGAACGAACGUUGCUCUUGUCGACUCAUUACAUACCCGAACUGCGACUAUACGGGGUAUGGAGGUAGAAGCCCUGGUUUCCUCGUCCAGUCUUUGCAGGAAGCACGGUGCGCUCCAAGAGUCGCUCGCGAGCGUUACCUAUCUGUCAGAUAUCGUACCAGAGUGCAAAGCUGUCGGUCUGGACAUUGAGGCCACAGCCCAGCAUGAGGUCGCAAACGUACUCUGGGAACAAGGCGAGACCGAGAUCUCGAUAAGAAUGCGUCAGCACUUGAUCGACCAUGCCGACUUCGAUUCACAGAACAUCGACCUGAGCUUGCCAGUAUUGCUGGCUCGACUGGGUCACCACCUUGCUGAAGCGCGCCUCGCCAAACCGGACGCGAUCAUGGAAGAGUAUUUGCAACCAGCAAUUCGCGAACUCAAAGGCCAAAAGGAGGGCUUAGGCCCAGGCCAGGUUUUCCACGAGUUUGCUCUGUUUUGCGACAAGCAACUACAGAGCCCUGAAGCCGCCGAAGACAUGAACCGCAUCAAGACAGUGAUGGACAGAAAGCUGCAAGAGUACCACGACUUUGCCAAGCUAUCCAAAACCGACAAGAGUAAAGGGAUGCGUGAGACGUACCAUCGAAACGCUCGUCGCGCCAAGACCUGGUACGAUCUUGACAAUGCGGAAUACGAAAGGAUGCGCAAAGGCCGCGAGCAGUUCUUACGCCAAUGUCUUGAGAACUACUUGCUUUCCCUUCUCGCUAGUGACGAGUACAACCACGAUGCGCUCAGGGUGUUCUCCUUGUGGCUGGAGUACUCCGACACUCCACUAGCGAACCAAGCUGUCAAGGCAUAUCUUAAAGAUGUGCCUAGCGGGAAGUUUGCGUUGUUGAUGAACCAGCUGUCGUCACGUUUACAAGCUGAAGAGAACGACUUCCAGCACUUGUUGAUGGAGCUAGUCUUCCGUAUAUGCGUCGAUCACCCAUUUCAUGGUAUGCACCAGAUUUUCGCCAUUCAGAUGAAGGUAGCCGCUACCUCUAGAGAAGAUGUCGUCCGAGCCAAAGAUGAAUCCGCGAAAUCUCGUCAAAAGGCCGCAGGUGGGCUUGCAACAGCACUCAGCACUGACAAGAGAGGCCGCUCGUAUUGGAGCUCAAUCUUCCAGUCUAACGAAGUAUACCACCAUCUUGCGAUGUUCAAAGGCGAGAAAGAAAGCACUCAACAAGGCCGGGAGCUGCCGCUCGAUCGGUACAAAGAAUCACGGGAGCUGGUGAGCAAGAUACCAAAGCUCAAUGUUCCACCUGCUACGCUUCAGAUUGAAGUUCGACCCAACAUGAAUUACAGUGAUCUACCAAGGAUCGCAGGCUUCAAGUCGACUAUGACGAUCGCGAAUGGACUUAGUGCGCCAAAAGUCAUUACUGCUAAGGGCACUGAUGGCAGACCGUACAAGCAACUGUUCAAAUCUGGAAACGACGACCUCCGUCAAGACGCAAUCAUGGAGCAAGUUUUCGACCAAGUAUCACGCUUACUAAAGAAUCAUACCGCAACGCGCAUACGCAACCUCGGCAUUCGUACAUACAAAGUCUUGCCGCUCUCGACGCGUUCUGGUCUCAUGGAAUUUGUCCAGAACACUGUCCCACUGCAUCUCUGGGUCAUGCCAGCUCACGAGAAGUACUAUCCAAGUGACUACAAGCCAGAGAAGUGUCGCAAGGAAAUUGGCGCAUGCCAACAAGAUUCACUUACAACGCGUGUGAAAGUGUGGCAGAAGAUAGCAGAUAACUUUCACCCUGUUAUGCGCUACUUCCUGCUCGAACGCUUCGAGGAUCCAGACGAAUGGUUCGAGCGCCGUCUAGCCUACACGCGAUCCACAGCCGCCAUAUCCAUCCUUGGUCACGUCCUCGGCCUAGGCGACCGGCAUUGUCAUAAUAUCCUCCUUGACGAAAAGACGGGUGAAGUAGUGCACAUUGAUCUUGGUGUGAGCUUCGAAGCCGGUCGUGUGUUACCAGUACCGGAAGUCGUGCCGUUCCGACUCACCCGGGACCUGGUGGACGGUAUGGGCUAUACGAAGACUGAGGGUGUGUUCCGUCGCUGCUGCGAGUUCACCAUGGACACAUUACGCGAGGAACGGGAAUCCAUCAUGACGCUACUCAACGUCCUGCGAUACGAUCCCCUCGUCAACUGGAGCGUUACGCCUACGAAGGCGAAGCGCAUGCAAGAAGCCAAUCAAGAAACUGCCGGUGCGAAUGGCACGGCUCGCUCAACGACUGUCGCGCCGGGAGGUACGCCUGCGCCGUCGGGCCAGGAGGAAACGGCAGCGGGUACGGUGCAUGAGAGCAACAAGAAGAGGGAGAAGGAAGAGCAGGCUGGUGAGGCUGGCAGAGCGUUGAGUGUGGUGGAGAAGAAGUUGAGCAAGACGCUGAGUACCAAGGCGACGGUGAAUGAGCUCAUUCAGCAGGCUACCGAUGAGAAGAAUCUGGCUGUGCUGUAUAUGGGGUGGGCUAGUUAUGCAUAG